GUUUGCAUACAAUUAAGCUAUCUGUCCAAUCACUGUGUGUGCUCUCAAAGUGCAAAGUUGAAAUAUGUCGUAGACGGGAGGUACCUCCACGACAGAAUAGGGCUAAGAAUUGAAUGGAUGUCUGUGGCUUCGCAUUCUCUUCAAGGAAAUAUGAUUUCACUUUUCAUUCAAAGACAUUAGGAGAGGGCAAGUAACAAAAUGCAAGAUAAUUGCACUCCCAGAAUAGUGGACAGCGCAUGGAAAAACUACUUGUGAUACAUUGUAACAUUUAGGGAAGUAAAUGGACAGCAUGGCAUUUCACAAGUAAGUUUUACUGAUAAGUUACAUUGUUGCGUUUGUGUUUUAAUGUUUUUGUUUCAAAAUGCAUACUAGUUCAAUGAAGGAUAUUUGACAGAAGAUUCCGACAGAAGUUUGGCCAAAGCAAUCUUCUCGGCGUGGAAUGCCACGCAGGCAAUAGCCUACUACUACUACCCAAAGUAAAGAAACGAAGUUGAAUGGGGGUUCAUAAGUAGGCUAUGACCCGCGCAUGCAUUAAUAAGAUAUUGUGACAUUAUAUCUAGAUUUAGGCCUACUAAAAUGAGGGCGAUAAAGAUAAGGAAAUACUUUAGGGGUAGUGGGAGGGUACUUGCAUUUGUUUUCAUUGCAUCUAUUAUUUGGCUACUGUUCGAUAUGGCAGCGCUUCGCCUGUCAUUAAAUGAUGUUAACAGCCAACUUUUAAAAGAAAGCGUAGUAAAGGAAAGGCAGGCUGUCAGACAGCAGGCCACGAAACGUACCAAGUCAGUGCAUAGGGGGUUUAAAAAUCCAGUACAGAGAGUAGACUUAGACCUGGACGAGGCAGGUAAUAAAGCUCCACUCCAGAAUGAAAAGAAAGUCCUUGAAGUGUACAGAAAGCGAGGACCCGCUGUCAAAAAUUACCCACAGUUUAAGGACAAAGUAAACUCGCAUGAGCAAGAAGGGGGGAAUGCCCAACCAAAGUUAGAACAUGGAAAUGCUGUCAUCUUUAAGCAUAACCAAAUCGAAGUUGUACAUCAUGUCACAGUACAAUUGAGUGUGCCUUUGAAUACGAAAGCACCUGUCAAAGAUCCUUCGCCUGUCAAAGAUGUGUCAAAAAAGGCAGUGGACUUGGUGCUAGAGGAUAAGAAAGCAGGACCUACGGAGAGGGAUAAGAAAGUGGCAUUCACUGCAGCAGUAGGCUCGAACUUUACCAAAGUGCCACCUGGUGUUCAGGAAGGAAAACAUGUUGAAACCCCUACCUCAAAAAAUACAGGAGAGAAUGUAGAGCAAAAUAUAGGCAUAGUGCAAAAAGGCAAAGAAAAUAUUGACUCCAAGACAAAGGAGAAAGUCAAAGACUCACUUGAGCCUGGCAAACAAGAAAGCUUUAUUAAAGACAAAGUUGCAGUCGACUCCACAGUUAAACCUGUCAAAAAGGAUGUACUAAAAGGAAAAGAGGUGGUUGUCAACAAAGAGGACAAACGGAUCAAUGAGCUUGAUAAAGGUAACGCUGAUGCCCUAAAGGAGUCCUUACCACCUACAGCAAAGCUGAAACUCCAAGGAGUUCCCACAAACUCCACAGUUGUUCGAAACACAGGCGUCCACAAAGUGCUGGCAUUAGACAUGACCCAAGCGCCUAGAGAUGCCAAUGCAAUUGGGCAAUUUGGGCAAGCAGCCAUGGUGCCCAGUGACAAAGAGCAGGAGGUGAGGAACCGUUGGAACGAGGGCCAUUUCAACGUGUACCUGAGUGACCAGAUCCCUGUGGACAGAGCCAUCCCAGACACCAGACCUCAUACGUGUUCUGAGAGUGUGGUCCAUGAUUACUUGCCCACCACCAGUGUGAUCUUCUGCUUUGUGGACGAGGUGUGGUCCACUUUGCUCCGGUCUGUCCACAGUGUCCUCAACCGGUCUCCACUACACCUUCUCAAAGAGAUCAUCCUAGUGGACGACUUCAGUACCAAAGAAUAUCUCAAGGACCAUCUGGAUGUGUAUAUGUCCCAGUAUCCCAAAGUGCGGAUCGUCCGUCUGAAGGAGAGGCAGGGCCUGAUCCGAGCUAGGCUUGCAGGAGCCGCCAUUGCCAAAGGUGACGUUUUGACCUUUCUUGACUCGCAUAUCGAAUGCAAUGUGGGCUGGCUGGAACCUCUGCUGGAGAGAGUGUACAUGGAUAGGAGGAAAGUGGCCUGUCCAGUCAUCGAAGUCAUCAGUGACAAGGAUAUGAGCUAUGUGUUGGUUGACAACUUCCAAAGAGGGGUGUUCAAAUGGCCCUUGGUGUUUGGGUGGAGCACGUUAUCAGAGGACACCAUCAAGAAGAAUCACAUGAAGGAUUCAGAUCCUAUCAGAUGUCCCGUCAUGGCAGGAGGCCUUUUCUCCAUCGAUAAGAAGUACUUCUAUGAACUGGGCUCUUAUGAUCCUGGCCUGGACGUAUGGGGUGGAGAGAACAUGGAGAUCUCUUUUAAGAUUUGGAUGUGUGGAGGUGAGAUCGAGAUCAUCCCGUGUUCCCGAGUGGGCCAUAUUUUCCGAGGCGAGAACCCGUACAACUUUCCCAAGGACAGGCAGAAGACGGUUGAGCGUAACUUGGCUAGGGUGGCAGAGGUGUGGCUGGAUGAGUACAAAGACCUGUUCUACGGCCAUGGAUACCUCCAUCUGCUGGAUAGGAGUUUCAUCGACAUCGGCAACCUCACAGACCAGAUCGAACUCAGGAAGAAGCUUGAGUGCAAGAGCUUCAAAUGGUACCUGGAUAACGUGUACCCAGACAUGGUCGCUCCGCUGGUCAAAGCUGAGGGGCUGGUUUUCAAUCGUGGAGUCAGAAAAUGCCUCGCUCUGCAGAAAGGCUCCCUUGCCUUUGAGAAAUGUAAUCUCAGCAAGCUGAGUCAACACUUCAAUUACACCUGGAUGAGGCACGUUCGCCAGAAGGAUGUCUGUGUCACUGCUCAGGGCAAAGGGACCAGUCUGGUUCUGCAGCCAUGUGACAACACCAAGCCACAGCUUCGCUGGCUCCACAAGGCCUCCAACUCCGCUCUGGUGGAGCACCUCAUAGCGGAGCAUACUCCCCGGCGUAUGUGCCUGGAGGCUGGGGCUCUGGAUGACAGCAUACAGCUGAAGGAGUGCGAGCCUACCAGUCCCUACCAGAAGUGGCAGUUCACACACUACCACACUGUGUGAUGGGAGUACAGGGCUACAGCACUGUUCCUACAUUAGAGAUUGACACUCAAGUACUUGACUGUACUAUAUGCAUUUGGAUGUGGUCAGUGUAUUUCUGCAAUAGGAUAUGCAUGGUGCUGCUAGUAUGUUGGUGUAAGGGUGGUGUUGGGAUGUGCAAUGUUAUUUUUCUCUUCUUUUUAUCAUGAUCAACCUUCACUUGGAAUUUGAAUUUUGCAUGACUGAGGCCCCGGAAUGAUUUGAAAGGGCAGCUAUUACACAAUGUAAUUACGGUGUUGUAUUUGGUGGCAUAGUUUACUGAUGUAGUCUAUACAAAUAAUAUAUAUAUAAGCUCUGUGGUUUACUCAAAUUACUGUGAGCUUGUAAAUAGAGGGUGUGACUCUCUUUAGUUUUAUAGCCUACAGUUUUCUCGCCAUUAGUCAGCACCUCUACUAACUUUUUUGGGUGUGUGUACCAGCUCAUGCUUUUCAAUAGUGUACUGGUGUUUCACUUUUUAUUGAGAUCUUUGGUUUUACAUGCAUGUUCACCAGAUUUGCAAAAAAAGAAUUAUCAUGCCUUGGCAAAUCAAUCACGAAUGUGCCUUGAUUAUUUACAUGAGGACUUGUACCAAAUAUUAUUUUCUGCAGAUGUCCUCCAUAUUUUAACACUCCAUUUCACCGCACAAUUGACCAUAUUUCUUACUGUUUCGGUGCCAAAUGGCAGGAUAUUUUAUGGCACUUUGAGUUCAUGUAAAUACGUCUGUUCUGUCCAUGUACCGUUUUCACUGUUUGAAAUACCAUUUGAUGUACAAAUUGAAAUGCAUGCAGUGUGUAUGAGCCUGUGUAGGCAUUACAUAUCACAGAUGUCUUUAGCGAAGCUAUCUGACAUUUCUUUAUUGAGAUAAAAUAGAAUUGCAUUGUUAUGAGUCAGCUCCGGGUUGAAGUUUCCCCUAGUUACAGAUCUAGUAUCAACAUCCCCUCCCCCAAUCCUAACCUCAACGAUUGUGGGGAACAUUUUAAACUGACCCAAGAUCAGUGUCUAGGGGCAACUUCACCCUACACCUUAUGGCUCACCUGGUAUAAUAAGAGCUGCUUGUUUUUUACUAUAUGCGUGCAGGUUUAGUACAUACUGUAUGCACAUUUAUUUAACAAUAUUGGGGACUGUUGAUGCCAAAGAUGAACAAUGUGAUUUUCUUUCUCCAAACUCACAAUGUUAAUUUCCUGUAAUUAAUAGAUAUUAAAGAUCAUUUUAUUCGGUU